ACUGCCCAAAGAUUGCUGGAGGCUCAAGCAGCAACAGGUGGCAUUAUUGACAUCAGCAACAAAGAAAGAUACAAAGUUCACAAGGCGGCACAAAGAGGCCUUAUCGAGGACAGCCAAGUCCAACGGCUGCUUAAUGCAGAGAAAGCUUUCACUGGAGUUGAAGACCCCAUGACCAAAGAGCUUUUGUCUGUGGGAGAAGCUGUUCAGAAAGGCUGGAUGCCAAAAGAUUCAGCCAUUCGUUACAUGGAGGCACAACACCUGACUGGGGGGCUGGUAGAUCCUAACAACAGUCACCGAAUUAGCUUAUUGGAUGCCAUUGAAUCUAAAAAGAUUGACAGUACAACAAAAAAGGAUCUACAAACUGGCGAACACUCUGUCAGAGAUAUCAUUGACCCUAUCACAAAGGAGAAGAUCAGCUACAAGCAAGCUCUGGAUCGCUGUAGGAAAGACCCUGCAUCUGGCUUACCUAUGCUGCCUGCCUCUUCCAAACCAAGCUAUUCUCCAACAUAUUGCUCUUCAAGAUAUUUUAAUGUCUAGAUUGACUUGUAGUUAACACCAUAGCUAUCUGAUAUCACUAGGGGAAGAGAGGAAGAGGGGAUAGAUUAACCAGGAGGUCAGGCUUUAACUGGGAAGUCUCCUGAUGUUUGGCUUGUGAGGAGACUCAGUGGCUCUCCUGACUCAGUAGGUGAACAGCAUUGCUAAUUUAGGAUCCUAAAAAUGUUUGGAAUUGAAUUUAGAGUUAAUAACAAGUAAACUCAUCUGAGGCCACAAUGAUUGCUGCAGAUCAAGGAAUCUCUGCAUUUAUUUUGUGUGGACAUGCAGUAGAUGUAAGUUUGAAAAAGAGCAUAUUAAAGGUGUACAUCUGACGGAUCCAUUUCUAACAAAGAAUGAAGGUAGUUACUACAUAAAAUACAUGACAAAAUGCUUAGUAAAAUUUAUCUUCCUGUCAGUUUGCUGGGUGAGUCCAUGAAACAAGGCGAUGGAAAAUGGCUAAGGCAAAUGUAUUAAUUUUUCAAGGGAUGGUGUACAUUAAUCAACAUUAUGUAAGUUUGCCAGAGUUGGCUAGAGUAAGAUAAUUUUCAUUAAUAAAAGCUAGUGACACUAAUGUUUGUUGGAGAUUAUUGCCUUACAGUGCAUCUGCAAUGUAAUAGUGAUGCCCCGUGGCAUCUGGAUUAUUAACCAGUUGAAUUAUUAACCAGUUCAUCUGAGCUUGCAUAUAAACUUCAGGACCUCAGGAAAUGGAGGUCCUGAAACUUUUGUUUGUGGAUUUAUUCCUGUGGUUGUGUUCGAGUGAAUGGGUUACUUAUAACAGGCUAAGCAGCCAUGAGGAUGUUGCAUGCUGAGAAGCACAGUCAAACCAGAAUCUGGACAAACACUGAUCGUUUCCAUGCAUAGUGAAAAGCUUAGAUAAUUUGUGGGAGAUAAUUUAC